AUGAAGGAUAUUUCGAAUGGGCUGAAGAAGAAAGAGAAGAAAGGGAUACCCUGGGUGGCUACUGAUCAGACCACGUUGCAGCCCCGAAGUCACGCUGCUCCGAGCACGAGUAUCAAAGAACAAAGACUCAAGUCCCUGAUCAUCUUCUCCGUAUUUAACCACGACGAACUGAUUCACCAUCUCCCACAACUCGAUCUCUAUACCGUUGACCCUCACAACAUGAACGACCGCCCGAAAGAUGAAAUUGUGCAUCCGAAUAAGGUCCGAGUGGUGCCAGCUACCACCCGAUACAUCAACCAACUCCUCGAAAGGAUCGCCUACCAUAGCAAGAGAGCGAACCAAAACUCGGUCAACGCAACCGAGUGGCACGAGAGAUGCCUGCGAGCGGAGGAACAAGUGAGGUAUCUCGAGAAACUUAUCGAGAAGCCUAUGGGGUGGAACAUAAUGCAAGCAGAGGAAAGGCUGCACUAUCUCGAGCAAGUCGUUGAGAAACAAAAGGAAUGGAUCAUACGAGUGGAAGGAGACUUGAGAUACCGAGCAAAUCUAGCGACGAUAGAAGAAGACUUUGACGAUAAAAUGACCGUAGGGACUCCACCGCAGCCUGGAGAGACCAUUUCUUCACCUGAAGAUCCGACCCCCGCGCCGUCAAAUCCUUCGACUGAGCCAAUGCUCAUGCCAAAUCGCUCGACCCGAAUCCUUACUCCCAUGCCAAAUCCCAGCGAGAGGAACCUCGAGAAUGGCUCUGUUACUCAAGUAACCUUGGAAGAUCCUCUCAUUCCCAUGCCAGACCUCAAGGCAAAUUCCAGCGAUGGAGCCGAAGUCCAAAACGGUUCUCCGUCUGAAAUUUAUGGAGCUCAAGCAGCGGAUGCUUCAACGCUGGAACACGCCACUGUGCAGGACGGGAAGAACAUUUGUUCAACCAGUCGCAAUAUGAUAAUAGGCCCUUUGUAUCGAUAUGCGACAGUUGAUACGGCGAAAGAAGACAUUCAGUUGCUUAGAAACGACUGGAUGCAGAAGACGGUCUCUCCUGUCCAAAACGAAGUCUCCAGGCAAGUUCCCAUCGCAUCGGAUGGUGCUGUCGACAAGUCCAGCCCACACGCUCCCCAGUCUGCGGAGAACAAUAGCGAGGAGAUGGUAACGGCUCCGCUGUCAGGUGAAAAUCUGGGAUCCGUCGGACACCAACUAGCUGUUGCGGCCACUCUCCCGCACAAUAAAAUAUGGAUCUUGCAGGCAAUCCAUUAUCUGGACGUUGCUGGGAAAGAUAGUGAAUACCAAAAGCUUAUCAAAGUUUGGAUCCAAGUGGAGGUGGCGAUCGUCAAAGGUCGAUGCGGGUUCCCUGCGAACAACGAACGUCCAGCGGAAGUCAAGAAAUGGAUCAAUAGACGAAUCGAGAAUCGGUUCCACACGGGAUCCCCCGACAUCGAUAAGGACUUUGUGAUGUCUUUCCCUCCCCGAGUCCAGAAAUGGUGGAAGUCAUUACAGCCCUUGCGUAGGGAAGAGAUUGUGGGUGAGGGAAGCCUGAAUCAGGCUCAGUUUUCGUAUGAAGACCUGACACCGCUUGAUGGAUGGGGACCCAGCGGAUGGAUAACUCUUCUGAUAUGUCUCAAAUGGUGGAACGAUAGUGUGGCGGAGAAAGAAGUGGACCAGAAGGAGAUAUGGAAGCUGUUGGUCAACGAGAUGUCAAUUAUGCUGGAACAUCUCACAAGAUAUCACGCUUAG